UAAUAUUUUUUUUUCCGUAAUCCCUACCAUUACUCAAAAUCUUUUCCGUUACAACCACUGUAGAAUUAAAAAUGUUGAGUUGAGGUAGGUGGAGCGAGGACACAUAGAAGUGCACGAUAGCAAAGCAGCAGCAGCAGCAGCAGCACCACCACCACCUAACCCACCCUUCCUGUGUGUGUGUCUCUCUCUCGCCGCCGCAUCUCGCCCCAUCGCCGCUAUGAACAACCGUAAAGACCCCACCACCACCACCACUGGUGAUCUGGACGCCUUAUUCAAGCAGAAACGAGCCCUCCGAUCCAGAGUCAGGAAGGAUCUCAAGAACAUGGACCCCACAUUAAGAUCCCAAGAAGGACCUGACUUUGAGGAAGAUUUUUGGCAGGGGGUUUGAGCGCGAUGGGCUAUACUACUUCGGGGACCCAACACCUUCUCAUCCUACCACUUCUGGCCUGCAAGCAGCUGUGUUACCUGAGUCGUCUUUCUAUGUGUUUUCUUUUCAGACUUUAGCCUUGUGGCAUGCUCGUUUAGGACAUGCAAACUUUAAUUAUUUAUGUUUACUUUUUUUGUCACUUAAUAAAGCUUGCAAGGAUCAUCAGUUUCAUUGUGUUGUUUGUGAACUGUCUAAACAUACUCGUAUUUCUUAUAUUCCUCGCAUGUAUCACGCCUCCUGUAUAUUUGACCUUAUUCACUCUGAUAUCUGGGGCCCUUCUCCUCUUUUGGCUUUUUCUGGGCAUCACUAUUAUGUGACUAUCAUAGAUGACCAUUCUAGGUGUAUUUGGGUUUAUUUGCUUAAAAAGAAGUCUGAUGUGCUUUCACUUUUUAUUCAAUUUCUCCAAAUGGCCAAAACCCAAUUCCAUACUGUUGUACAUAAUAUUCGUUCUAAUAAUGAGGGGGAGUACAUCUCUGAUGCAUUUCGCUCCCAACUUAAUCAGUAGGGAAUUUUGCAGCAACUCACUUGUACUUACACCCCUGAGCAAAAUGGAAUUGUUGAACAUAAAAACCGUCAUAUUAUGUCUGUUAUCCGGUGUCUUCUUUGUGGGAUGAAUGUCCCUAAAUCCUACUGUCAUAUGGCUGUGCUUAUUGUUGUUUACCUCAUUAAUCGGACACCUAGUCGGAUUCUUCACGGGUUUGCCGCUUUUCAAUUACUUCGUUCAGAUACUGUGUUAUUUCCUUUUGUACCUCGUGUGUUUGAUUGUACUUGUUUUGUUCAGGAUCGUAGUCCUACUCGGAUCAAGUUAGAUAACAAGUCUUUUAAAUGCAUCUUCUUAGGCUAUUCAGCUCUCUCUAAAGGCUAUAGGUGCUAUGAUCCGUUGUCUCGUCGUUUUUAUCAUUCUAUGGAUGUCACAUUUUGCGAAGAUAUGCCAUUUUUUGGUUCUAACCUUGUGUUUCAGGAUUCCACCUCUGGUGCACCGCCUCCUGCUGUGUCACCGAGUGCUCGCCCUGUUCCUAUCAUUGAUUCAUAUGCUCCUUCAUCAUCGCCUGUAUCUGCACCUGCCAGUCCUCCGCCAUUAUAGACAUACUCCCGUCGCCCUCGUGCUUCGCCCCCUCCAGCAUCUUCUUCACCCUCAGGCCCAGGUGCUCCCUCUACUAUUCACUCCCCAGCUCCUUCCCGUUAUCCAACUCCUGAAUACCGUCCCCCUAAUCGGUUUGGUUGGUUUAGUAGCACUAAUCACCUUAUUUCCUAGUUUUUAUGUUAUGAUGCCCUUUCAGCUUCUCAUCGGUCUUUUCUUAGAAAACUUAAGUCGGUCUCUAUCUCGCGGUCUGUGUCUGAGGCUCUCCAGAAUCCCCAAUGGGUUGCAGCUCUGCAAACUGAAAUGGCUGCUUUGGAGUAUAAUCACACUUGGGAUCUUGUCUUUUUAUCUUCUGGCGAGACGACUGUUGGGUGUAAGUGGGUUUUUACUGUCGAAUACUUGGUUGAUGGUACAAUGGACUGAUAUAAGGCUCGUCUUGUUGCUAAGGGCUUUACACAGGUUCGUGGCAAGAAUUUUGGGGCUACGUUUGCACCUGUUGCAAAAUUGAUCAUUGUUUGUUUACUUAUUUCCUUGGCUGCCUCUUUUUCUUGGCGCCUUCAUUUACUUGAUGCCAAGAAUGCUUUUCUACAUGGGGCCUUGCUUGAGACGAUCUACAUGGAUCCUCCACCUGGGUUUCGGGGUUGAGGAAGAGUACGCUGGCAAGGUCUGUCGUCUGCGUAAGUCUCUCCAUGGCUUGAAGCAAUCUCCUCCUGCUUGGUUCCACCAUUUCAGCUCUGUUAUCUUAUCCAUGGAUUUUAUUCAGUGUCACUUCGACCAUACAUACUUUAUUCGUCGUCAGCCCAAUGGUCGAUGUAUUAUUUUGUUGGUCUAUGUAGAUGAUAUCAUCCUUAUAGGAGAUGACACCAUUGGUAUUGCUAAGGUAAAACAAGAGCUUAGUCAAGUAUUUGAUAUCAAGGACUUGGGUCCUCUCAAAUAUUUCUUGGGGAUUGAAGUAGCUCGUUCUCGCAGUGGGAUAUCAUUGUCCCAACGGAAGUAUACUUUGGAUCUUCUUCGGGACACCGGUAUGAUAGGGUGCAAGCCUGCAUCUACUCCUAUGGAUCCGAAUCUGAAACUUUCGGCUGAGUCUGGUGAGUUGUUUUCUGAUCCAUCUCGCUACCAGAGAUUGGUUGGACGUUUGAUCUAUUUGACUAAUACACGACCAGAUUUGACAUUUGCUAUGAGUGUGGUUAGUCAGUUUAUGCAUUCACCUCGUAUUGCUCACCUUGAUGCUGUUCACCACAUCUUGAGAUAUCUCAAAUCAUGUCCAGGUUUAGGUUUAUUCUUCAAUGGUGGGAUUCAGAUAGAAUUGUCCUGUUUUACUGAUGCAAACUAUACAGAUUCAUUGAUCGACAGACGUUCCACUUCUGGGUAUGCACUUUCCUUGGUACCCAUCUUCUAUCAUGAAAAAGCAAGAAACAAGCGGUUGUUUCUCGAUCACCUGCUGAGGCUGAGUACUGAGCCAUGGCUUAUGGGACAUGUGUGUUACUAUGGCUUUGGUCCAUUCUUACCGAGUUAGGCUUUGAGGAGAAUAAUUCCUUCAUGCUAUUUUGUGACAAUAAGUCUGCCAUCUUACUUGCCUUUGACUCUAUGCUUCAUAAGCAUACUAAGCAUAUUGAAGUUGAUAUUCAUUUCAUCCUGGAAAAGGUUCGAGUUGGCAUUGUAUGUCCCUCAUUUGUUCCAUCUUCUGAUCAGACUGCCGACAUCUUCACCAAAUCUGUAGGACCAUCCCUACGUCGAUCUUCCAUUGGCAAAUUGGGUUUGGUUGACAUCUUUGAUCUAGCUUGAGGGGGAGUGUUGAAAUAUGAAAUAUUGUGGGUGUGUUUGGUUUGUGUUUGUAGAGUAGUUUUUGAGAUAAAAAGUACGAAAACUUGUAUGGUUUGUUUUUUUUCAGAAAUGGUUUU